AUGGCAUCCAAGCUCAUCGUCGUCAUAGGAGCCACAGGCAAUCAAGGGGGCUCAGUUGUCACCACAUUCCUGAACGAGCCGGGUUGGAAGGUUCGAGGUAUCAGCAGGAAUGCCUCGAGUCCAGCAUCUGAGAAGUUAAAGGAUAAGGGGGUCGAAGUCGUCCAAGCCCACCUCGACGACACCUCAAGCCUGGUUGCGGCAUUUGAAGGGGCAUCCGCCGUUUUCAGUGUCACAGACUUUUGGACAUUGUAUUCCAACCCGGAGCUACAGAAGAAAGUGAAACCCGGGCAGGGUCAGAAUGAAAGAACUUACGAGCACGAACUUCAGCACGGAAAGAACGUGUUUGAUGCUGCUAGCCAAACAGCAGGGUUGGAGAGAUUGAUCUUUUCACAUCUGUCUGAUGCCACCAAGUGGUCCAAGGGCAAGUACAAGCAGAUCUAUCAUUUCGACAGCAAAGCACACGCGGUGGAAUAUGCGAAGGCAAAGUAUCCUGAUCUAUGGGAAAAGACAAGUCUAUUGACACUCGGUUACUUUUUGUCAAACUUCCUGGACUCCCCGUUCUUGAUCCCCAGAAAGGAUGAAACCGGCACCUAUGUGGUAGCCACAAAGUUCGAGACAGAUGUAAAAUUCCCGCACGUCGCGGCCGAGGAAGACAGCGGCCCAUUCACCAAGGCUCUUCUGGCGUGUCCACCGGGCAAGAAUCUGAUAGCAUAUAGGGCAUGGUUGACAAUGGACGAAUUUCUUGGAAUCUGGAGUAAAGCUUUGAAUGUCAAGGCCAAAGCGGUCCACUUGCCGUAUGACACUGUCACAGAAGGGCUGCCUGAAGAAUUGGACAGGGAGUUCACAGAGAUGGCACAAUAUUCUGCUGAGUUCGGUUAUGAAGGACGAGAGGACCCUUCAGUGGUUCACCCCAAAGAUUUGGAAACUCUGGCGAAACUUGAUACUGUCGAGGCAUGGAUUAAGAAGCAAGAUUGGUCCAAGGUCUUGUCUUAA